GGGUAAAUAUUUUAUUUGAUAGGAAUAACGUAGUUCUUAAAACAUUAUUGACGUUACUGUAAUAAUUUAAAAAGAAAAAUAAAUAAAUAAAAGCGACGAGGUAGCACGUGAGCGCGUAAAUAACACGCAACAUUAAGGCGCUUCAAAGUCAGAUUCUGAUUCCAUAAAUCACGAGCCGCGCCAAAGCUCGAUGACCGGAGCAAUAUCAACCGUCGGUGUAUAUAAUCUAACGGCAGAAAAUUGAUUUCCGUCAUCUUCCUUUAUAUCUUCACCACGCGCUCGUCGUCCUCCUUCUGGGUAGCCCUAAUUGGUUCGGACUCUCAGCUCAGAUCUCCUCCGAUCGCUUCGCACCACCGACAGAAACACCUCAGGAAUUUGAAUUUCAACGAUCCAACCAUGGUUCUUCUCUAGCUUAGAUCUGUUUCCCAACGGUUUGAAAAUCCUGAACCAUCAUAGCAGGCAAUUGAGUAUUGUCGAGCACACUUAUUUUUAGAAUGGCAGAUACAAUAUCUAGUUUCUGGGGUCCUGUCACAUCUCCUGAGUGGUGUGAAAAGAACUAUGUCUACUCUUCUUAUAUUGCCGAAUUCUUCAACACGGUAUCAAAUAUUCCAUGCCUCAUUUUAGCACUUAUUGGUCUCGUAAAUGCUUUGAGACAAAGGUUUGAGAAGAGAUUUAGUGUUCUUCACAUAUCAAAUAUGGUCCUUGCCAUAGGAAGCAUGUUGUAUCAUGCCACCUUGCAACGAGUACAACAGCAAGGUGAUGAAACACCAAUGGUAUGGGAAAUGCUCCUCUAUAUUUACAUCCUUUACUCACCAGAUUGGCACUACCGUAGUACGAUGCCUACGUUCUUGUUUCUAUAUGGAGCUGCCUUUGCUGUUGCCCAUGCAAUCAUACGUUUUGGAGCAGGCUUUAAGGUACAUUAUGCAAUACUAUGUCUUCUCUGCAUCCCUCGAAUGUACAAGUACUAUAUUCACACGAACGACAUACACGCCAAGCGGCUUGCAAAGUUAUACUUGAUGACCAUCUCUCUUGGGACCGUUUGCUGGCUUUUCGAUCGCUUGUACUGCAGGAAAAUCUCUAGCUGGUAUUUCAACCCUCAAGGUCAUGCAUUAUGGCAUGUAUUAAUGGGGUUCAAUUCUUAUUUCGCAAAUACAUUUUUAAUGUUUUGUCGUGCUCAACAACUCGAGUGGAACCCAAGAGUAGUCCACUUUUUGGGGUUGUUUCCAUACGUGAAGAUUCAAAAACCAAAGAGCCAGUGACCGAAGGGUCGUGUCUUGGGAAGGAAAAAGAAAAACGACAUUCUUUUUAUUUUUUUUCUUCUUCUUUUUUUCUUUUAAAUCUUGACAUGGGUUUUUUGGUUUUGGCUGGUUAUGAUCAAUAGGAUUAGACAUUCUUUUACCCCUCCUUCUUGCCUGUGUUUUUUUUUCCUUCUCAUAUGGAUGUAAAUCAUACUCAGAAUAUCUCUGCCAUUGAUUUAGAUUGGGUUUUUACCUGCAGGUGUAAACUUGUGUUCUAUCUUCUUAUUUUUCUCUUUUUGGCAGGUAAUAUUAAAAGCAGUUUUAGAGUUUUACUUGUCUUA